AUGGCCAUAUCUGGCCAUCAAAAUGAAGCGAGCAUCCGGUCAUAUUCUACCAGCGUAUCAGAGGAACAGACUCGAAGAAUAUCUACAUCAUUAACCCUUGCCACCGCUCGUAAAGAUGAUGAUAUCUAUCAGAGUCCUUUAAGAUCAAAUUCACCUGCAAGUCAAUCACCCUUGUUGAGUGAUUCCGACCUUCCUUCAACACCUUACCUCAACCAAAUAAUGAAUACAGUCCUGUCACCCGUGAUGAGCGCACCGACUGAAUCUUCAAAUACGCCAAGUUUGAUGGAUGUACCAUUAAUAUAA